AUGUGCCAACUGAGUGAAAAUGCAAGCUGUGGACAAGGUGUCAGGACACGCCUUUUGAGCUGUAUACGUAGUGAUGGAAAGUCAGUCAGUAUGGACUACUGUGAACAGCAAAACUUGGAAAGACCUGUGAAAAUGAGCCUCCGAUGUCUAGUGGAAUGUGCAGUGAACUGCCAGCUCUCAGAAUGGACCACUUGGACUGAGUGCUCACAGACCUGUGGCCAUGGAGGUCGAAUGAGUCGAACACGAUUUAUCAUUAUGCCAGCUCAAGGAGAAGGACGACCCUGCCCUACACAGCUUACCCAACAGAAAACCUGUCCUGUGAAGCCCUGUUACAGUUGGGUAAUGGGGGAUUGGUCCACUUGCAAAUUGGAGGGUGGAGACUGUGGUGAUGGAGUUCAAGUUCGAAACCUCUCCUGUGUGGUCCACAAUGCUUCAGUUUCUCCCACUGCCAAACAAGUAGAGAAUACAUUAUGUGGAGAGCUGCUCCCUCAAGACAGUGUCCUACAGCUGCCUUGCUCUGUGCCUUGCCCAGGAGACUGUCAUUUGACAGACUGGUCAGAGUGGAGUACAUGUGAAUUAACAUGCAUCGAUGGCAGAAGUUUUGAAACAACGGGCCGCCAAUCUCGUUCAAGAACAUUUGUAAUUCAGUCAUUUGAAAACCAAGACAACUGUCCUGAACAGAUGUUAGAGACCCGCCCUUGUACAGGUGGAAAAUGCUAUCACUACAUAUGGAAAACCAGUCUUUGGAGAAACAACGAGCGUACAGUUUGGUGUCAACGCUCUGAUGGUAUUAAUGUCACAGGGGGCUGCUCUGCUCAGUCACGACCUGCUUCAAUAAGACAAUGUAACCCAGCCUGCAGAAAACCAUUUUCCUAUUGUACACAGGGUGGAGUCUGUGGCUGUGAGAAGGGCUAUACUGAAAUAAUGAGAUCAGAUGGUUUCUUGGAUUACUGUGUUAAAAUACCAGGCUCAGAGGAUAAAAAAGCAGAUGUUAAAAACAUUGCAGCAAAGAACAAGCCUGUAAAUUCAAAAAUACAUGAUAUUUUCAAAGGAUGGUCCCUUCAACCUCUUGAUCCAGAUGGCCGAGUUAAGGUCUGGGUUUAUGGUGUUUCUGCUGGUGGUUUUCUCCUCCUGAUAUUCCUGAUAUUUACAUCUUAUCUUGUUUGCAAGAAGCCAAAACAGCAUCAAAGCACAGCUCCCCAACAGAAGCCUCUGACCUUAGCCUACGAUGGAGACUUAGACAUGUAAAAUGAAAAGGAAUCCAAAUGUAGACAUCAACUGCCUUAACUGCUUUCCCUUUUGUAGUUUUCAGACUUCUCAGUUUUUUGAGGAAUCUCUUGAUGUGGUAUACAGGGCAGAAUAUAAAUAUUGCAAACAUAAUUUUGCCUCUGGUUUAUUUGGACACUGAGUCAAAGAUCUUUAGGUCUGGUAUUCUGGUUUUUUUGGGUUGUUGUUUUCCUUUUCCCUCCCCUUCUUCAAGAGACCUGAAAAAUACAUCUCCUCCUCUCAGAAAAUAGGAGGAAAUGAACCUCAUGAAAUUCCUACAGACUUGAAUGAGAUUAAUCUUCAAUGGCAUGAUGACAAUCCUGAGGAAAGUCCAACCAAGGCGUCUACUGUCAACGACAAGUUCAAUACUGCAUCCUUAUGCACUAUAUUAGUGCAGAUUCUUUAUUCUUCCCAUACAUCAACACUGAGUUUUCUAGAGUUUACAUAUUGGUUCAAAGACUUUCAAAUUUGAUCGCCUAUUUUGAUGAACAUAGAAUGGGAUACUCUUUCAGAAAUUCUCUGAGUUUUUACAUGAAAAAUAACUUAUUCUGUUUUGUACGGUGGAUAGAAUAUCUGUGCUGUUAAGUGGAUAGAAAAGAAUCAGGUUGGACAUAUUACUAGACCAGUCGAAAAGAUGACUAUUUCUGCACUGAUUCUGCAUUGGAUGAGAGAUGUAAAGAUGAAGUAGGUGACUAGUUUGGUGAAUGGAGUAGAUUCUUUAAUGAUUAAAACCUGUCUUUUAACUCAAACAUAGCCAUGUAGAUAUAGCAUUGGCCACACACAAUUGUAAUUCAGUUUAAUUACAACAAACCCUGCUUUUGUAAUUUCACUUUUCUUAUCUGAAUAUUUAUAUAUUCUUUUUUUGAAUUUAAUUCUCUGACCUCAUUUAAUAUGCAUCAAACACAAAUCCUGUUUGUAGAAAGUCUUGCUUUUUUAAAGUUUAAAUAAUAACUGAAAAAAAAAUUACACAUUAAAAAACUGUGGCAACCAUUUUCCGAAGCUGUUUGUAAUAGUAGAUGUUGCAAGUAAGAAAGUGCCAUCUUGUGGUAUUGACUUGUAUUUAUAACAAAUAAAAUGUUAAAGAGACUGA